CCGUUCGUUUGUCUGUCCGUCCGUGCCGCCGUCCGUCCGUCCGUCUGGCUGGCUGUUGCCAGUGUGUGCAAGCGAGAUAGUGAAUCGAGCUCAAUUACGCCGCCAAACUGUCGUGUCAGCAACAACGUGAAAUGUGCAAUUCCUGGCUGCUGCUCAUAAUUGCGCUCACUGUUGUCUGCCUGUGGAACUCGCAACAAACCGAAACAUCCAAAUCAUGCCCAGCCGAGUGCAUCUGCUUGUCCCAGACUCAAGUGCUGUGUAACACGGGCGGACUCGAGCAGAUACCGCUGCGCCAGCUGCCGGCAACCGUAGAGAACCUGGCGCUGACCAAAAACAACUUUCCAAUCAUCAAGCCGGACUCGUUUGCCGGCCUGCGUGCGUUGAAGAAACUCUCGCUGGACGGCAACAAUAUUACGCGAAUCAAACAGUUCGCGUUCAGGGGUCUGCCCCGGCUGCGGGAGCUAUCCAUACAGUAUACGCCGCUGCAGAUGGUGGCACAGUUCGCAUUCGCGGGCUUGCAGAAUCUGUCGACCAUAUUGCUCAGUCACAAUCAGAUCCAGCGGAUCGAGGGCAAUGCAUUUGCGGGCACCUCGAACAUAAAGCUGAUAUUGCUGAGCAACAAUCCGCUGAUACGGAUCGAGAGUUCGGCCUUCUCUAGUUUGACGAAUGUGGGACAUUUGAUAUUGCCAUCGGGCAUCAGGAGCAUCGAGCAGGACGCGUUCUUUGGCAUGGAUGCGGUCGGGCUGCUCAAGCUGGCCUAUAUGGAUCUGAAGGAGAUUUCGCCGUUCACUUUUCGCGGUCUGUCCAAUGUGCUGCUGUUGACGCUUCAGGAAUCCGAUUUGGGCGUCAUCUGUGCGGACGCCUUUACGGGCCUCACCCAGGUGGAGACGCUGCAGAUACUGAACAACAAGAUCGACUCAAUUGAGGAGCUGAACUUUACAAAUACGGCGGCCAUCAAACAUCUCAAGUUCCAUGGCAAUCAUGUGCUGGAGACGCCCGAUCCGAAUGCCAUCAUUGUCGAUGGCGUUGAUCAUCUGCAGCUGGUGAACAAUCAUUUUCCCUGCGGCUGUCACAUACACACCCUGCUCGACGGGCCCCUCGCCGAGGGUGCACACAAUCUGAGCGAUUUUCUCCAGAAGAACUACUGCAUCUCGCCGCUGGAGGUGAACGGACGGGUGAUGAGCGAACUGGAUAUCGAUGCGAUCGGACGCUGUGCCGACCAGCUGACCAAGGGUAAUCUUGGCUCUUCGGCGGCCAGCCUGGCCCUGGGCCUCAAUGCCAUGCUACUGAUUGCCGUUGCCAGCUGUGUUGAGUGGCGAUAUGCCCGCCUUUUGGCCGCCCGGCUUGCCCAGCUGCUCAGCCACAGUCACAUCGCCUGGCGUCGCCGCCGGAAACGCCGACGGCCCAACUAAGCAGCCACACACAGUGUAGGCAGGGCCGCGCGACAGAGAGGAAGAGAGAUGAAACCCGUUUGUACUUAAAUCUAUUUCCCGCUUAAGAGCAAAUGCCUGGCUCCUGGCUAAUCCGGCAGCGAGCUGGCAAAACUGGAGUGCGGCGUCCGGAGUGCGGAGAGUCGGAGAGUCCGGACUGCGGAGUCUGGAGUCCGGAGUGUGCGGGGGCUAACGAGUGGGGUUUUUGUUAUAAAGUGGGUUUUGCAUGUGCGUGCAGUGCGAUGGCAAAGCGCACACAAUCAAUGCGAACGACUCUAAAUUAUUGUAUCUAACGAAUUUGAAUCUAAUGUGUAAAUCAUAAAUUGGCAACUGAGUAACCAAAAAUUUACCAAAAAUAUAAUAAAAGUAAAAUAAAUAAA